AUGUUCCGAAUCCUUGAGUCGCAAGCUCCGGCCAAACAAACGGCAACGGACACAAUCGACGUUCUGAGCAACAGGCUACAGAGUGCAACUUUACUGGAAGAUCGACGAGCUGCGAUUCAGGGCCUUAGAAGCUUCGCAAAACUUUAUCCUGCGUCGGUUGCUUCGGGGGGUCUGCGAUCCCUGAUUAGCAGCUUGCACAAUGACAGCGAAGAUCCUGAUACCAUCAAGGUGGUCCUUGAGACCCUGUUGAUGCUAUUUACCCCGGAUGAGAAUAGUCCUGAAGCGUCGGAUGAGAUAGCUUUAUGGUUGGCAGACGAGUUUACUCAGCGGCAAGACAAUAUUACGAUUCUACUAGAUCUUCUCGAAAGCAAAGACUUUUAUUCUCGCUUGUAUUCCCUGCAAUUGAUGUCCCACAUUUCUGGCGCGAGACCCGAACGAACACAAGAAUGCAUUUUCACAGCACCAUUGGGUAUUUCCCGGCUAGUGAGCGUGUUGACAGAUGCUAGAGAGCCAGUUCGAAACGAGGCCCUCCUCCUUCUCAUUGUCUUGACCCCGGCUUCCGAAGAGCUGCAGAAACUUGUUGCAUUCGAAAAUACAUUCGAGAUUUUGUUCUCCUUGAUCGAAUCAGAAGGCUAUCUCACCAAUGGCACCGAGGUGGUGGAAGACUGUCUGUCCUUACUCGCCCACCUGCUGCGGUAUAACAUAUCCAACCAAUCAUACUUCCGAGAGACUGGCUGUAUACAGAAAGUUACGAAGCUUCUCGUCGAGUGCCAGCAGUAUCAAGAGGAUGGCGAGGCUCCUCCGCAGUGGGCUUUGGUGCAGCGCGACAAGAAUGUUUGGGGUCUCUUGGCCAUCGUUCAAUUAUUCUUGAUUCGGGGAGGCAAGGGCACUCCCAGCAAUCAGACUGCUUUUUGGCAACAUGGUGUGACGGAGCAGGUACUCAGCAUAGCUUUUGGCCAAAAGUUCAAUGUGAAUGUCACAUCUAAAGCUCUAGCAACAUGUGCUGACCUGAUCCGUGGGAAUCCACCCUUGCAAGAACGCUUUGGAGACAUUGAAGUUUCUUGGGGCUCACAAGCCAAGGCUGUUAAUGGUGGCGCGGAGCCAGAGCGGAUCAAUGUCAUUGAGGCUUUCUUGAAGUUAAGUCUCGAGCCCGCUCCCAACCAUAUGUUGGAUGCGCGUCUCGCGGCCUGUGAAUGUAUGAAAGCAUUCUUCGCCCAUCAUUCUGGCAUUCGCAUGCAUGUGCUUCGGCGUGCCAUUGAAGGGCACACUAGUGGGCAAGACCGGAUCCCCAAUAUUCUAUCCGUUUUGUUGAUUGCACCUGAAUCCCGGGGCAAUGCCGACCCGUAUCAAGUCUGGAUGGCGUCUGUUCUUAUGUUCCACCUCAUCCUUGAUGAUACAGAAGCGAAAGCAACGGCAAUGGGAGUCACUGAAGGUGAUGCCGAGAGUGGCGAAGAAGUCGUCACUAGUGUCCAGUUGGUGGUCGGUAACUUGAUAACUGGGUUGCAACGUGGAGAUGAUGAAAGAAUCACAGUUGGUUAUUUAAUGCUGCUCUGUGGUUGGCUCUACGAGGACCUGGAUGUUGUAAAUGAUCUCCUCGGAGAGGGCAGCAGCAUCCAAACACUGCUACAGGAAAUCAAGCACCCAAGAACGCCUAGCAAGUUAAUCCCCGGACUUUGUACAGCUUUAAUGGGUAUCAUCUACGAGUUCUCUACCAAGGAUUCGCCCAUUCCCCGAGUCACCUUGCACAAGCUGCUUAUCGAGCAACUUGGCAGGGAGCAGUAUAUUGACAAGAUCACGAAGCUAAGGGAAUGCCCAAUGGUACGUGACUUUGAAGUUCUACCUCAAACAGCUGCUGGCCAACUUGAAGGUGGACUUCCUGAAGUCUUCUUCGAUCAGUCUUUUGUGGAGUUCCUUAAGGAUAACUUUAGUCGGCUGAUUCGAUCUAUCGAUCGCGAGCCUGGCUUCGAGAUUUCAAUUGUUGCCAAUGGUGUUGAAAAGGGUGUCUCGCGGGAACUCGUGGACUCGCUGCGCGCGGAACUGGAAGACCGGAGUCGAUCAAUCCAAAAAUUGGAAACGGAUCUUGUCGACGUUCAGCGAAAACUUGACCAGGAAUUGUCUGAUCACCGAAAGACGAAGGAAUCAAGCUCUUGGGAGAUUUCCAAAGCUCAACAGACCCAGCAACAUUUGCAAUACACCCGUGACCAGGAUCUGGCGAGGUUGGAAGAGCAGCACAAGCAGUCAAAGAACGCCUUGCUGAAGCAACAUGGGGAGCAACUUCAUGCCAUUGACAACCAAUUGAAGCAGGCCUCGACUGAGUACGAAAGAAAAAGUGCCAAGCUGCGAGAGCAUCACGAGCAGGAGACUGCUGGAUUCCAAAAGACCAUUCGUGGACUGGAGUCCGAGCUGUCCAAGACUCGGGAACAGCACACUGCCGAAAUCAAUGGCUUGGAAAAGACCAUUCAGGAUAUGCAGCAGGCCAUCAAACAGUCCACUGAAAGCCACUCUGGCGAGAUUUCUCGCUUGCAAAAGACAAUUCAGGAACUGAACUCGACUAUUGCUCAAUCGAAAACAAACCAUGCCAAAGAGAUCGCUAGCCUUCAGAAGGAAAUUGAGGACUCGGAGUCCACCGUUGGCCAGUCCAAGGAGAAGCACGCCCAGGAGAUUGCCGGCCUCAAGAAGACCAUCCAGGAGUUGGAAGCAACUGCCAGUCACUCCAAAGAUGCUCAUGCUGGCAAGGUCACAGAUCUACAAAAGAAACUCGAAAGCCUUGAAUCUCUUCUCUCUUCCAGUAAGAGCGACCAUGAGACAGAGGUCACUGGCUUCAAGGAUCAGAUUACAACUCUGGAGUCGAAUUUAGUCACCGCUGAAGGGAAACACGAAAGCGAGAACGCCGAUCUUAAGAAGACCAUCGAUACACUCCGGUCGGAUCUUGAUCAAGCGAAGAAGAAGUCCACCAGGGAUGCCGAGGCAGCCAGCGAGGGGGUGUCAUCCCAACUGUCUGCGCUAGAGACACGCGCCGCUGAAGCUGAACGUAAAGCGAAGGAGGCUGAGUCGCAAGCUCAAAGUGCUGCCCAGGCCUUAAAAGAGGUUCAGGCUCAGCUUGAAAAGGCCCAGUCAGAGGCCAAAGAGAAAGACGAGGCUCGCCAGGCCAGCCAGUCAGAAUUGGAGGACCUACUUAUUGUCUUUGGCGACUUAGAGGCCAAGAGAAAUGAGGACAAGCAACGACUUAAAGAUCUGGGCCAAGAAAUCUCAGAGGAUGAGGAUGAAGAUGACGAGAACGAAGACGAGUAG